UCUGUGCCCAUUCUUCAAGAUGCAUAUACAGCUGUUUUAGAUUUGCAUCUGGGAAGUCAUGAGUGAUCAAGGCUGACUGCUACUUCAUAUUUUACUUAUGUGAAGAAGUAUACAUUCAUAUGGCAAUGGAAAAGUGUGAAGUUGCUGAAGAAGUUCUGCAGGUUCUUGCAUCUGGGGAGGAGAAUUCUGUCUGCCUUCUAUAUGGUGGAUGGGAUGGGAGUAAUAAGUGUGUCAUUUUGGGAAGCAUCUGCCUGGACCCAAAGCAAGGGGUUUCAGGCAGCACGCGUUUUGCUCGGGAGACUCUUCCAACAGGAUUAGAGAAAGUUGGAGUUGCAGUGAAAGCUGCAAAGUCCUGUCAAGACCCUGCUUCGUUGAAAGUCAUUCAAGAUACCCUGGUAGUCGAUGAAGGAGACAUAGUCAUCAUUCACGGAAAUGCAGAUGAAAGUGUGGCUUUUGUGUAUGUGAAUUCUGAUUGGAAAGGGAUUGCACUCAAUCAGAAGUCCUAUGCUGCAAUGACACAAAGACGCUACCUUGUCCGCCUCAUGGGAUCCCUUGCAUUGGCAUGUCCCUGUGAAACAGAGAGCAUUAUGUCUGCAUUUCAGCAUUUGAAGUCUCAGGUUUUGUCAGAUGCAUCAUGCUUCAUGUUUGUUAGGAAGCGUUCCAUCAUCAGAACCAAAGACAAUGUAAUUGUGAAAAAUUCUAAAGUUUCUGUGGACAGUGAGUUGAAAGACUACUUGGAAGUAGAAAAAGAUACUGAGGAAUUAGAUGAUAUUGUUGGUCAACAGGAUGAGGGACAUGUUCAGGUCCUGCUGCAACUAUCGAGAGAUUUUGAAGGGGAAGAUCGCAUGAGGUGUUGUCCUGUAGUUUAUGAACACAGAGAUUCUGGGCAUGGUCAGCCCAUCCAAACAAGUCUCAUGAUUGACACACUGUUGUUGUUGCCACAAGGGUUGGAAAUUGAAUCUUGUGUCCCCUUGUUUCGGGAUUCUAUCUCCAGUCAGUUAGAUGCUAUAGAGACAUGGCUUCUACGUGGUGUUACAGAGAAGUGGCAUAACAUUGGAAAGUAUGUUCCUCAUCACUUUCAGCCUUUGCCAUUAGGAGGCCUGCCAAUCACAAUAGUCUACCCAGCUGAUCUUUCAGAUGUCAGCCUUGAGAAAUACAGGAGAGAGAUUCAUCAUAAGCUUCUGCUGGGUAAUGAAAGGCCAUUUCUACGGCGUGGCUGUCAGAUGUUCCUUUCCAAUCCUGCUGGCCUUCUGUUCAACCCUCAUGAGGAUUUAUACACACCCUCAAGGUUCCUUAGCAGGCUGCACGGCUAUCUUGUUCCGAAGCUCAGCAUUCGCUGCCUCUUGACCGCUCUUGAGCCUAUGGCCGCUGAGACCGCUGCGGUCUGA